CGGAAAUGAGUCGCCGCGCAAGCGCAAAGGCAUCACUCCACUGUCAACAUGGCGCUAGCAAAGUCCGUGUACAAUCUGCUCUUCAGGAGAACGUCCACUUUCGCCGUAACCAUCAUGGUCGGCGCUGUCUUCUUCGAGCGAAUAUUUGACCAAGGCGGAGACGCGAUCUUUGAGCAAAUGAAUCGCGGGAAACUAUGGAAACACAUCCAACACAACUACGAGAGCAAGGAGGAAUAAUGGGGACACCGGUUUGCAGAGGCUGAAGGUGACAUCAUCCUGCCUGCUUGGACUUCACUCACUUAUCCACCACCGAACUAAAUAACAAACAUGGACCGAUGUGCUUUACAUUGGGCCCAAAGUUUGAGCAGACCACCGCCAAGAUAGAGCAGUGGACCCCCGCCACUUCAUUCUCCCCACUCCUGUCAUUUGUGCUGCGAUUAUUGUCAUCGCCCCAUAUUGUAAAUGAUUAAACAUGUUGCUGUCAAGGGAUUGUGCUACCGUUGUUUCCUUGCAUUAUUAUUAUUAUUAUCAUUAUUAUUAUUCAUCUCAGUCUUUUCCUACCCGCGUAGAGCCAAGACACAUUAAAAAUUGUCACUGCCCAUCAAAAAAUGUCACGAAGCGGAAAUAGUCAACCUUUUGUCUCAGCUUACUCACAAAUGCACUUAUUGUGAAAUGUUUAAGUAGACACAGCGAUGACUUUGGUGGCUGAAUGUUUAUCCAACUAUUUUUU